ACCCGCGAGCUUUCCGUUUGGCCAGCCGGCCAUCCGCACAGCAGAGAGAAAGAAAGUGGGCACCGAGGCGGUAGACACACCGCGCUGCAGGUUCUCUCUCUUGCCGCUAUUUCUCCUGACAGCCCUGCUUGGGCAUCACAACGUGUGAGAUUGCACUGUGGAGGGGCAGAUGAUGGCCUUGAGCAGAGAGAGGUUCGGAAAGAAAACAGAAUUCAAGUGCGGACAUCUGUCUCAGUCCUGGAUACCGGGGAUAUGCCCACAUACACGCGUAUUUUAAUUUUUGUUCUGAGGUGUGGACCCUUUUUAAAGCAACCUGGACCACCACUACCUAUGACGUACAUUGCACACAGCUCUGGGGUAGAUACCUUAUGCUAAGUUUGAACCAAAGAACCAGGAUUUUCAGUUUUUCCGACUGGAAUUUUAAGAGUUGGGGUAAUAUUUCUAGAAUUGUCAAAAACAGAAAAUCAAAACUGUAGCCAUGAUCUCUCCGUGGUGCUGAAGCAAAAUUCCUUGUCCCUGUACCGUCGUAAACUUUCAAUGUUUUCAGGACAUAGAAUUUCCCUGUAGCCCUUACAUUACAUUCUAAUAGUAAAUGUUUUCGACUCUCAAGGUUAAAUAUCUGGUAAUUAAACGAUGUACAAGGUUGGGACAGGAUCCUCAGUCUCUUAGUUUUCAUAUAGGAUAGCCAGCAUUUGAAAUCUCUUUUCUCUCAUUUUAGACCAGAUUAUAAUUUCGCCAUUUGUUCCUUAUUGAUUUUGCCUUGCGGUGAAGAGGAAGCUGCAUCAGAAACCUGCGCAUUCCGUGGGUUUCGGCUUAAAGCCCACACCCGGCCUUCGGAACUACAUUUCCCAGAACCGCAGGCGCACUUUUAGUGAGGCUGCGCAUGCUUACUGGAGGCGAAAAGUAACAGCUUCCGGCUAGUCGCGUGGCCGCGCACUGAGGAUCGGGAGGGUGGACCUGCAUGAUUUCUUCCUGGGGAUGCCAUGGCUGAAACCACAGACAGAAGUCAGAUUGAGAAACUUCUAAGCAGAGUAAAGGAACUGGAGCAGGAAGUGGAAAGACUUAAGAAAGAACAAGCCAACAAUAUAAAAGACUCAAGCGGCAGAGAAAAUUCAGGCUGUGGAAAAGCUAAGCGUGCUUUUGAUUUUAGUGCUCAUGGCCGUAGACAUGUAGCUCUAAAAAUAGCCUAUCUAGGCUGGGGAUACCAGGGCUUUGCCAGUCAGGAAAACACAAGCAAUACCAUUGAAGAGAAACUGUUUGAGGCUUUAACAAAGACCCGACUAGUAGAAAGCAGACAGACUUCCAACUAUCACCGGUGUGGUCGAACAGACAAAGGAGUUAGCGCCUUUGGACAGGUAAUUUCUCUGGACCUACGUUCUCAGUUUCCAAGGAGCAAGGAUUCAGAAGAUUCUAAUUUAAAAGAUGGAGCUGAUGAUAUUGCUAAAGAGAUCCGUUAUACUCACAUUCUCAAUCGGGUGCUUCCUGCAGACAUCAGAGUAUUGGCCUGGGCCCCUGUAGAACCUAGCUUCAGUGCUAGGUUUAGCUGUCUUGAGCGGACUUACCGCUACUUUUUCCCCUGUGCUGAUUUAGAUAUUGCAACUAUGAAUUAUGCAGCUCAGAAAUACGUUGGCACUCAUGAUUUCAGAAACUUGUGUAAGAUGGACGUGGCCAAUGGCGUGACUAACUUUCAGAGGACUGUCCUGUCUGCACAAGUGCAAACAGUGGCCCAGAGCCCAGGUGAGGAGGGAAGGCAAGGGCCAUUCCAGUUAUGUCAAUUUGAAGUGAUUGGCCAGGCAUUCCUGUAUCAUCAAGUUCGGUGUAUGAUGGCUAUCCUCUUCCUGAUUGGCCAAGGAAUGGAGAAGCCAGAGAUUAUUGAUGAACUGCUGAACAUAGAGAAAAAUCCCCAGAAACCGCAAUAUAGCAUGGCUGUUGAAUUUCCUCUAGUCUUGUAUGACUGUAAAUUUGAAAAUACCAAGUGGAUUUAUGAUCACGAGGUUCACGAAUUCAAUGUUACUCACCUACAACAGCUAUGGGCUAAUCAUGCUGUUAAAACUCACAUGCUAUAUAGUAUGCUACAAGGACUAGACUCUGUUAUGGUAACAUGCGCAGCAGGAACAAAGACUGGUGAAGCAACAGAAUGGAGAAACAUUCGACCCUCUGUCAUAAAGCACACUAGUGCCUUUGUAGAAGGAGUGAGAAUGCGCACAUAUAAGCCCCUCAUGGCUCGCCCCAAAUGCCAAGGACUGGAAUCCCGGAUCCAGCAUUUUGUACGAAGAGGACGAAUUGAGCACCCAAAUUUACUCCAUAAGGAAGAAAAAAAAGCAAAGAGGGACUGUGCUGACAAAGAAGAAAAUAUUGUUUUAGAGAAUCCAACGAAGAGGGUUUGUAUAAUAGAUGCAGAAAUUAACAGCAUUGUAUAAUCCCAGGAAGCUAGCAUCUCUAGCAGGAUCCAGGGAGCAACAACGAAUUAAAAUUUUAAUGACUAGCAAAAGACCUAACAAGUUCUUAAAUAUUAAGGGUGUAUUCUUUAAUCCCUGUCCAAAAAUAUUAGGAAAUGAAAGACGCAAAGACCACUUGUCAGUUAUAUGCACCUGGAAAUCUGUGUUUUUCGUUCAAAUCCAUUAAAGCCUGGUCUACAAAUA